GCGCGAGGGACGGAAAGCGCUUGGGGAGGGGGAAGGCGGGCGGUGUGAGAGUGAGUGAUUUCCUUCCGGCACGUCGCCCGCUCUGGGGGAGGGGGUGGGGGGUUUCACUUCCGGGACGGUGUUGCGGCCCAUUCCGGCCCAUUUCCACCCCCGGAGCUCUCACCCCCUCCAGUGCCGACGGUAGAGACAGACCUUACUCCAGGGGCUUCCUCCUCACUGGGGAAUUGCCGGAAGGAGCAAACAAAAAAGGCGCUGGUGUAGGCUCCACAAUAAACACAUCUGCAUUCAUGAUGACAUCGACAGAGGCUCUUAUUGGAUUAAAAGUUUUCAAACAAUCAAAAACGCCUUGGAAAAAGGGUUGAAUGCCUACCUGCACCCUCGGGCCCCACCAUGGAGAAAGGUGGUAACAUACAACUGGAGAUCCCUGACUUCAGCAACUCUGUCCUCAGCCAUCUCAACCAGCUGCGCAUGCAGGGUCGGCUCUGUGACAUCGUGGUCAACGUACAAGGACAAGCUUUUCGGGCUCACAAAGUGGUCCUGGCUGCCAGCUCCCCUUAUUUCCGGGAUCACAUGUCCUUGAACGAGAUGAGUACUGUCUCCAUUUCAGUCAUCAAGAACCCUACUGUGUUUGAACAGCUCCUGUCUUUCUGCUACACCGGGAGGAUAUGCCUGCAGCUGGCAGAUAUCAUCAGCUACCUGACAGCGGCCAGUUUUCUGCAGAUGCAGCAUAUCAUAGACAAAUGCACACAGAUCCUGGAGGGCAUUCAUUUCAAAAUUAACGUUGCUGAGGUGGAAGCAGAAUUAAGUCAGACAAGGACAAAGCACCCAGACAGACCGCCAGAGUCUCCCAGGGUUACCCCCAAUCUAAACCGCUCCCUGAGCCCGCGACAUAAUGCCCCGAAGGGAAGCCGGCGAGGUCAGGUGAGUGCCGUGCUGGACAUCAGGGAGCUCAGUCCUCCUGAGGAGUCCACCAGCCCGCAGAUCAUCGAGCAGAGCUCUGACGUGGAGGGCCGGGAGCCCAUUCUGCGGAUCAACCGAGCAGGACAGUGGUACGUGGAGACGGGAGUAGCCGACCGAGGGGCGCGGAGUGAUGAUGAAGUGAGGGUUCUUGGAGCCGUACACAUCAAAACUGAAAACCUGGAGGAGUGGCUGGGGCCUGAGCAUCAGCCUUCCGGAGAAGAUGGGAGCAGUGCGGAGGAGGUCACUGCCAUGGUGAUUGACACCACCGGCCAUGGUUCCAUGGCCCAGGAAAAUUAUGCUUUAGGAUCUUCAGGAGCCAAGGCGGCUCGGCCCACGAGCAGUGAGAUUGACAGAUUUAGCCCCUCCGGCAGUGUUGUCCCCUUGACGGAGAGACACAGAGCCAGAAGUGAGUCUCCUGGGAGAAUGGAUGAGCCUAAGCAGCCCAGCUCCCAGGUAGAAGAGUCAGCAAUGAUGGGAGUAAGUGGCUAUGUGGAGUAUCUCCGAGAGCAGGAGGUAUCCGAGCGGUGGUUCCGGUACAACCCCCGUCUCACCUGCAUCUACUGCGCCAAAUCUUUCAACCAGAAGGGGAGCCUGGACCGGCACAUGCGCCUGCACAUGGGGAUCACACCAUUUGUCUGUCGCAUGUGUGGCAAGAAGUAUACCCGCAAAGACCAGCUGGAGUAUCAUAUCCGCAAGCAUACGGGCAACAAGCCCUUUCACUGUCAUGUUUGUGGCAAAAGUUUUCCCUUCCAGGCCAUCUUGAAUCAGCACUUUCGCAAAAACCACCCUGGCUGUAUACCCCUGGAGGGGCCUCAUAGCAUCUCCCCCGAAACAACUGUCACAUCUCGGGGACAAGCUGAGGAAGAGUCCCCUUCACAGGAAGAGACAGUUGCUCCUGGGGAAACGGCCCAGGGCUCGGUGUCCACCACUGGACCCGACUGAAACGUCGAGGGGGAGGAGGCAGACCCUCUUCCCCUUUGGGCCGUGAGAGGCCGGCAUCAGGGCCAUGGGCUGGUACUUCGAUUCACAAAAUGCCACGUCACCAGAACGGAAGAUGUUGCCAAACUAGAGGACCAGCAACAUCCACAAAAGCACUAGAGGCUUUUCCCUCCUCCUUCCCACCUCACUCUUUGGAAAAUAAUCAAGCAAAUCACCUUUCUAAUUCAGGGAUCAACAGCCUUGGUUUGUUAACUUUAUAAGAAAAAAAAUUUUUUAACAAAACAAUGACAGUCAUUUAUCUACCAAUCACAUUUGAAGACUGUACUUUGGUCCAUAUCAUCCUAGCGGCUAUAGUUGCCCAGAUCUAAAACACGCAGCAGGAGCCUUGAUCAUCUGAACCAGCCAAUCACAAGCAAGAAGGAAGGAACUGUGAUGGUGACCAUGAGGAAUCUCUUCCUUCCCUGCCAGAACAUGCAGUUUCACAUUUCAAGGGAAAAAAAAAAGAAUCUUGGUGCUUCUUAUUGUUUUGAAAGGUUAGACCUUAUCUUUACCCUGACCAGGCAUCUCAUACUUUGCCGGAUUGUUUUGUGUAAGCAGCCAUCUUGGAGCAGUGUUUAGUGGGCAGCGUCCCCAGAAGCACUUUAGGCAACUGGAAGUGAAAUGAGCAGCGGUGUUUGCCAUAGGUACUGCCACACUUCGGGGUUCGAGUGCUGUGUUGAGGUGAGGGGAACAGGGAAGGAAGUUUUGGGUUUGCAAAUGUGCAACAGCGCAGAGCCUACUGCAACUUACUGAUUGGAAUUUGUAAACCACAGCGCUCAUGUAUCUUUGGGUGUUAGGAAAUGACUCUAGUCCAGAUGAGUUAAUGCGUUAGGCUGACUACCAAAGUUUCAUCCAGUCUCUUUGGCUCCUACUGUCACAUAACAGCAAUAUUAUAACACAUCAAAGAUGUCAUUUUCCAGUGAAAUGAGCCUGGGUUUGUAUUUUUAAAUCCACAAGUCUCCAUAUUUGAUAACUUUUAUAUGAAGUUUUAAACACAUUUUUUUCUGCAGUAGUGUAGUUGAAGAAAUUCAACGUUAUAGUUCCUACUGCAACCACAAUUCCAUUUCCCUCUACAUAUGUGAUAGUUUAUAUUUUCAGUCCAAUAGAAAAACCUCACUAAGUCCAUGUCUCGUGUCUGCAAACCUAGUAAUUCAUAACCAACCAUCAGCAAAUUGCUGGUGACUCCAAGAGCUUUGCUUUUUAAUAAUACAGUACAGGGCAUUUACCAGGAGACAUCACACACAGCCAUGUUGCAAUAAGCUGAUCAAGGCAUCUGUUUUGAUCAGGUUUGGUUACUUAAUCAUUCCUAAGAUUUUUAAAACUUCAAGGGACCUUUUUGGUAAUUCUGGGUAUUUCGGAGAUUCUUAAUCCAGCACUGAGAGCCAGAAAGAACUUCCCAAACGUCGAGCUUUAGACGCCCUGUAUUGCAUGCAGAGAACGAAGGAGGAGGAUUAAUGGAUGCAGGCAAGUAGAUGCAUACAAGUUACAGUGCAACUAGAAAAGAGAAAUCUCUAGCUUCUUUUAAUGACCAUUCAUAUUUUAAGAGUAUUUAAGUGUGUAGUGGUUUAAGAAAUGGUUUUGGUGCAGAGGCAUUGAUAAUUGUAAAAGAUUUGGGAGAGGGGCUGGUCAUGCCUGCACUGGGGAGCCAUUUGUGAGAAUGCUUUGUGACUGUGGAAAGGAGGGUAGAGAAGAUGGCAUUUCUUUGAUAACAGGAAGAUAGAGUGCAUAGGGUAACUCUGAAGCAAUCUGGGAACUGUACAUACACUUACAGCUGCACCGUAUCACUAGAGAAUGGUUAUUUUCUGGAAAAACAGAAAUGCGUCUUUUAAUAGGAAUGUAAUGAUGCUACCAUUUUUUUAAGAGCCUACCCUUAAACACAGUGUUGAAGCUUUAUCUUAUCUUCAGAAGACAUAGACUGGGGCAUUCUCUUCCAUUGGACAACAGGUGAAAACUCGCCUAGGGCCCUGCUAUGCUCUGUGGAGUUGAAAUUAGAUGAAAAUCUUGAGGGAAACAUUUCAACUGGUAAUCAAGGCUUUCAGUGAACUCUGCCAUUACUAAAUAGGUGAGAAGUAUAGAGUAUGCUGCUUUAGAUGGAGCUUUUCAGCCUACCAAAAAAGAUGAAGUCAUCGUACUUUUAAGAAGUAGUAUGCUGGAAAGUUCUUUAUUGCUUUGUUAGUUUGUUUCUUAGGUUUUAUGUAAGAAAAUAGAGCUUCUUAAACAAUUACCAAAUUGUAAAGGUGAAGUGCAGUAAUUUCUGUAAAGACGAACUUUGCAGCCUGAUGCAAAAUACUCCAGCCAGGGUUAGCAACAAACACUUUAAAUGAAGUAGGGACCGUCUAAUGGAUGUGGAAAUGCUACGAGAGUUUGCUAGGGUCCCCCUCCCUUUUCAUUCACUUCUAAUAGCUUUUGCUGCAUUGAUACUGUGAAUAGAGUGCUUCUCGGUCAUCUAGGACCACGUUAGCACUAUCGUGUUUGCUGGUUCUCUCCUCCUAAUCGGUGUAGCUCAGAACCAUGAGAUUAUGAAAAUUCAAGCCAGGCCAGCUUUUAAACAAAUUCAAGUUUCUGAAGGCAAUUUUCCCAUUUUAGUUAGAAGAGAUAUUAUUAUUCUAAAUAACUAUCCAAGAUUCUUCUGUAGCUUCACUGUGACAUGUACGAGUUCUUAGCUAACAUCACUGUAGGGUCAUAGGAGUUACUAGUCUUCUAUCUACAUUAGUGAAUAGCUGUAUUGUUGUGUGCACAGAGGAUACCUCCCUUAAGGGUGCACUAAAUGGACUUUAGCUAAUGCUGAAACCUCAUUACCAAAUCUUAACUUGCACGUGUCACCUUGUGAAGGGAACUGCAUUAGCAAUGAGAGCUAAAUCAUCGCCAAGUACUUUAAUGCCGUGAAAUAGCGAACACUGGGACUGUUUUCAUCCAUUGAGUGGCCUUUCAUAGCGAAGGAGCUACCCAAUGUUCUCAGCAAAAGAAGAGAGAUGGCCAUGUGUCGGUCUACCUUCAUUCCAGGGGGCACCUUUUAUUCUCUCGGAACUCUCGGACCAGUAUAACACAGCACUGGCACCAACAGCAACACUACAUAGGCACAAAGGCUCUUUCUGAUGACCUGUUCUCUCUUUACUCGGAACCAUAUUUACCUCUGAACUGAGCUUUUAUGUAAGUUUUAUUUUAUGUAAGAUGCAAACUACCCCCAAGCCAUCUCAUUGGACCAGAGAGUUAAAUCUUGAAUAUGGAAAAUAAACUAGUUAUUAUAGGAUAGAGAUUGGAGAAGAAGGGAGAUAGCAGUUAAAGCAGCCUUCUUGUUUUGUUUUGCUUUGUUUUGUUUUAAUGUUUCCUGUUCCCUCUUCAUCAGUGAAACAAGGUUUUCCAAAGAUGGUAUGACAAUAGAAAGAAACCAUUUUCCUCCUAACUUCAUAGUUAAAAUUUGGCCUUGGUUGGAAGUGGUCUGGCGGAAGAGUGAAAUAAUGAAAUUCAUCCUUAAUAGCUGAAUAGUCUUUGGUCAGAAAUAACUUUUAAAAAGUUUUAGCUGUUACUUGACACUAACUUUGUUUCUUUUGACUGUUAAAAACUAUUUUUUUUUACUAGAAGAUCUAACUUAAAGAAAUGGAAAUAGUGGGUAAUGGAAAGGAAAGUAAAUUGAACAAAGACAGAAGUCUUCUUAAUUAUAGUGGAAAGGCAUUUAAUCAGGAAAGAGUUGGAAUCCUGGAAGUUGUUUUUCUUUCAGAUACCAGACAUCGUUUUCUUCCUCCUCAAACAUUCUUCUCCUUAUCUGUUACUUAACUUCUUCAAGGACUGACAGAUACAUUUUAUUGAACUUAGUCUUUGAAAACAGAGCUCUUAUGCCAUAUGGGAAAGAGUGCAAAAUAUUGAAGUAUUUUGUGUGCUGAGAUUUAGAAAAGGGACAAGAAGCAAUUCAGUCAGGUAAAUCCCUAAAUUUGAGAUGGUGCCCCUUAGCAAAGUAUAUUCUAGGAUUUAUGAAUUAGGUCAGGUUCCGCCAACUGCAGUCUCCCGGCCAAAUCCUGAGGCCACCUGUUUGUGUAAAGGAAGUGAUAGUGGAAUCGGGUUCCACUUACCCAUUGAGGUAUUGCAUGUGGCUUUCUACUCUAAUAGCAAAGUUGAGACUUGUGACAGAGACCACAUGGCCUGCAAAGCCAAAAAUACAGUAUUUACUAUCUGACACUUGACAGAAGAAUUUGCCAGCUUCAGAAUUAGGUUUGGAGGAAUUACCCCCAAAAUUUGUCAAUCCCGCCAUUUUGCCUUUAUAUAUUCAUAAAUUUUAAAAGGUUUUCAGUUCAUAUCGCCAUAUGGUCAGUGUCUUGACAGAGUUUGCCAUCUUUCUCUAGUUCCUUUUCUCACAACCCUAAGUUCCUUGAUGAUUCCCAUUGCUUAAAAGCAUUUAGAAUAGGCCUUAUGAUUUGACCUUGCCUUUGAGGUGCAGGUAGAUUCAAGUCUAGGGUGGUAGUUACAGAUACAACAAAGUAAUUUUUAAAAAUAAUUUCCAUGCACAAUGAUGUAAGGUUAAAUGAGUACCAUGUUUACAUAAAUUACUGUAAAAAA